AUGGGAUCUCUCAGUGGUGUUUGCGACGGUCAACCGACACGAGAGAAUGAAAAUUCUCGCGUACUUCCAGCUGGAAUCGACUCAGACACCUUUGACAAGGCUUUCGAUGCAGUAGCACUUGUCAUCGGAGAAGAAAAUGUCACGAGAACGCACGAGUAUGGUGGACUGGAAGGGCCUCAGGGCGAGAAAUGGUACGGGGACCACUACGAGAUGCGUGGCGCCGGUCGAAAUACUCCUUCAGGAGCAUUCCGUCCCAAGACUAGUCCACCACCGCUCAGUGCAAUCAUAGCUAAAGCAGAGAAUAGAUACGGCUGCACAAGUGGUGUGGAGAAGGGUACGGUCAUGCUAGAUCUAAAUCGAAUGAAGAAGAUCAUCGAGGUCAAUGAAGAAUACGCCUAUGCCAUCGUUGAGCCAGGUGUAAGCUUCUUCGAUCUCCACGAUUACAUCAAGGAACCCAAGAUAAAACUAUGGAUAUCUUGCCCUGCCCUGGGCUGGGGAAGCGUGCUGGGCAACACCACUGAGCGAGGUUUCGGAUAUACUCAAUAUGGGGAACACUCUCAAGCGCAAUGUGGCAUGGAAGUCGUUCUCCCCAAUGGUGAGAUCAUACGAUCUGGCAUGGGCGCCAUGGAGAACAGUGACAUGUGGGCGCUUUUCAAAGGCGGUUAUGGUCCAAGUAUUGAUGGCUUGUUCUUCCAAGCCAACUUGGGCAUAGUAACAAAAAUGGGAAUUCAUCUCCAACCAGCACCUCGACAUUUUGUCGAUUGUGAGGUCUCGAACCAUGCUUCUAUCAGCAACUCCUACCGACAAACAAUCUUCGCAGGACCUGACACUUGGGGACCUUUGUUUCCUUACUGGGCGACACGAAAGGCGGUGCCUUACGCAGUCCUGAACGACAUUCGGGAAGCAAAAGGGUGGGGAUUCUGGAAAGCAGAAUUUGAGCUAUAUGGCUCCAAACACGUUUGCGACGCGGCCUGGAGGGAGGUCAAAGAAGCGUUCGAGGUCAUUCCCGGAGUGAAAUUCAACGCUACUCCUCAAUCUGAAUCAACACUGGUUGGACCACUUGUGCCGUCGGAGAUGAUAAAAGGAGCAAUCCCACACUCCGAACUUCCCGUCCUCGAUCCCCUUGAGUUAAUGAACAUUAGGGGAAAAGGAGGAGCGCACACUUGCUUCUCGCCGUUGUUCCCACCAAAUAGCCGACAGCUUCACCAGUGGUAUCUUCGAUCCAAGGCAUUGGUUGAGGAGGCCGGCAUUGAUUAUUUCAGCGAUUUUCAUGUCUAUGGUCGCUAUGUGAUCGCGAUCAUUGUGCUUAUACACGGACCUGAGGACGGUCCCAGGAUCGACAAGUUAUACAAAGACUUGGUGGAAGACGCGGCGAAGGAGUCGGUCUCGGAAUACCGGACACAUAUCGAUUACAUGGAUGACAUCGCCGGCCAUUACAACUGGAACGACGGAGCUCAACGACGCUUUUUGCAGGCUGUGAAAGACCUGACAGACCCAAGAGGCGUUUUGAAUCAGGGAAAGAGUGGCUUGUGGAAUGCUGGAAAACGGAAGACGACGCGUUGAGGAAGAACUUGAAAUUUAGGAAACAGCAUUAUGCGCCGGGCAUAAGACCGGUAUAAAAGCUCUCCUUUUGCAAGAUGAUGUUCGAUCCUCUCUGUAGAUGUCUCAAUUUAACUUUGCUAACCUUCGAGUUUCUCUGUGUCAAUAUAGGUGCGGCGGAUCAGAGAAGAAAUUGAAGUUCGAGUACGAAGCAAGCUCGUCGAAGUUGUAGUCAAGAGGCAAGUAGUUAUCCACCUCAUGCUGUGCAUCUUGGCCAGUUUGACUUGACGACGAGGGUCCCUGCUCACGAUUCAACAUCGCCACAUCUGGGCCUGGGAGAGAAUCUGGCUCUGACCAUUAGAUAUUUGUCAGUGGAUUGCGUGUUCUGACACUCACCUGAGGCGUCGUACGACUUGGCGAGUCUGACCAAAGCAUUCCUGCAGCGCGCAAUGACGGCAUUA